UAUAUGUAUUUUUACCUUUACAUAUCUAUUUAAAUUUUAUAGACUAUUUUUAAAACCCCAAUUAUUCAAUUUUACAAUGAUUAAUAUUCACAGUAUACCAUAAUUAACUUUUGUUUUGAAAAUGAAACGCAAUCUCUGGAGUGGUAAAAUAGUUGUGUUUGUCAUUCCUCAGAAAGUCUUGGCCCCAGAAUGAGCUCAAACUAUGGGAGUAAAAUCAGCCAGAGAACAAACGAACCACUUCACAACCUCGACAGAUUGUCUGAUUUAGACUAUGAGCCUCACAACACAGAUGAACUGCAAACGCUGCACCUGAACUCACAGAGAGAUAUAAAUGAUGAAGGCAGCACAUGCUCAGGAGACAGACAUCUACACAACGUGGAAAUCAACACCAGCACCUUCAUGUCAGGUGAUAAACCUCCAUUGACGUCUGAAGCUCCUUACAUGCACAAUCAAGCAGUAUAUGUGAAUGAUUCUAGCAGUACAUCUUCUGGAGAGUUCUAUGAAAACACAAAGACAGACACAGACAACAUGCCACGUGCAGAGACAUCAUCACCACUGCUGUCUUAUGAUGACUGUCACUCACCACAACUGGAAAAUAAAGAAGUAGAUGUGAAUGAUUCAAGCAGCACAUCUUCUGGCGAAUGCUAUCAAAACACAGAGCCUGACGUGGACGACAUUGCCAAGCCUUCAGAGAGAACACCAUCAUUGCUUGAAAAGACACCAUAUGCCUCUCUGGCUUAUGGUGACCAUCAGUUACCAGGCACUCACAGUGACGCAGAGGAUGUGAAUGAUUCAGACAGUACGUCUUCUGGCGAGUGCUAUCAAAACAUUGAGAUCGAUGCAGAUAAUCCCCAGAGUGAAGACGAGGAAAGCCCAUCAUUUCCUGAGCUGUCAGUCGAGAUUCCGCUGACAGGAAACACUGCUGGUUACAGCGGCUGUCAUGUACCUGCCGCACACACUCAAGAUGGGAAUGAUACAGACAGUACUUCAUCAGACGAGUGUUAUCAAAACACAGAGAUCGACGAAAACGCCUUUCUGCAUUAUGGUGAGGAAAGCCCAUCGCUUCCUGAGACGUCUAUUCAAAAUCCACACUUUGCACAGACGACAGAAAGUACAGACGGUUACAAAGACCCUGAUCUACCCAGAAGCCUCAGCCAAGAAACAGAUAACAGCAGCACAGCAUCAGAGGCAUCAUACGUGAACGUUCCACCUAAAACACAGAGGGAGGACAAUUCUGCUGAUUCUUCAGAUCACGAUUAUGAUGAAGUAGAAGACUGGUAAAAUCAGAGAAACAACUGCAAGAGAUCUUUCCUAUAGUUAAAGGGAAAACACAAACACAAAAACAUUCUUUAUAUGAUUUAUUGAGUUUACUUUGUGAACAUCGUGCAUUUUUUAUUUAGGACAGAUGAUCCAUAACAGCACAUCCCUGAAAACUGUGGAAUGUAACACAGAUGGGCCCUUGCAAUACCUGAGCAUUUCUUAAGAAUAUUCUGGAAGAGUUGUACUGUUCAUCAGCGUUAUAAUAAACAUUCUUAUCAGUGAUCAAGCAGUCUUCAACUAACUUCAUACAGUUGAAGUCAGAAUUAUUCACCCUCCUCUGAGUUGUUUUAUUUUUCAAAUAUUUCCCAAAUGACGUUUAACAGAGCAAGGAACUUUUCACAGUAAUUCUUUUAAUAUUUUUUCUUCUGGAGAAAGUCUAAUUUGGUUUAUUUGAGCUAGAAUAAAAGCAGCUUUUAAUUUUUAAAGAACAUUUUAGGGUCAAUAUUAGUAGCCCCUUAAAAGGCACAUAUUUUACCCCUUUUUCAGGAUUUAGGAUGUGUCUCUAAAAUGCAUCUGUAAAGUUUCAGCUCAAAACACCCAUAAGAUUAUUUAUUAUAGCUUUCAGAAUGUUGGAAUUUUUCGUGUUCUGAAGACACGGUCACAGUUUUUGUUGCCUGUGACUUUAAUGCUGGUUCUCCCAGCCCACCGGUCCCUUUAUGCCUGUCAGAGUGUGCCUCAAUAUCCGCCUCGCCUGCGUCAGAUAAACAGCACAGUGACAGACAAGACAGAAGCAGAUCUCAUGUAACGUUUGUGAGAAAUACUACAGUAAGAACUUUCCCAAUGAUUAUUUGAUGUAUUUGUUGCGGAGUUAAUUCAAGACUUUCUGCAAAGUGGUUACAAAGUUUAUGCACACACACACACACACACACAGCGCAUGCGUUUAACUUUGCACUGAUUUUGCAUGUUAAAAUAUUCUGCUGUACGGAUAUCCGUUAUACUAAUGAAAUGUAAGGAUUUCAUUUCCUCAAACCAGGAUUGAAGCGUCUUCUUUCAUAAUUGUACUGACAUGCGGCUGUGGUGAUAAAGACCGUAUAAUUGCUGUAAUUUAUUACAAACAUUAAAAAAC